AUGCCACGACCAGGCCAAGUUUUGGGGUUGGUAGGAACAAACGGAAUUGGCAAGAGUACAGCCUUGAAGAUUCUCAGUGGUAAAUUAAAACCCAAUUUGGGACGAUAUGAUAAUCCCCCUGAUUGGGAGGAAAUCCUGCGCUACUUCCGUGGCUCAGAGUUGCAGAACUACUUUACCAAAGUGCUUGAAGAUGACCUCAAGGCUAUCGUCAAGCCGCAGUAUGUUGAUCAACUUCCUCGAGCCAUCAAGGGCCCUGUGAAGACUGUCAAGCCUCUCAUAGAAGCAAAGUCUGAACUGGGCAACAUGGAACAUAUCAUGGAUGUGCUUGAACUCAAAAAUGUUGCCGACCGCGAGAUCGCUCUGCUGUCUGGUGGUGAAUUGCAGAGGUUCGCCAUUGCCUUGGUUGCCGUCCAAAACGCCGAUGUCUACAUGUUUGACGAGCCUUCUUCCUAUCUCGAUGUCAAGCAGCGUCUGAGUGCCGCCAAAACCAUCCGAGAGCUUCUUCGUCCAGAUGAUUAUGUUAUUGUUGUCGAACAUGACUUGUCAGUCCUCGAUUAUCUCUCAGAUUUUAUUUGUGUGCUGUACGGUCGACCUGCAGUCUACGGCGUUGUCACACUUCCCGCGUCGGUCCGUGAAGGUAUCAAUAUCUUCCUCGAUGGCAACAUUCCAACCGAGAACUUGCGAUUCCGCGAAGAAAGCUUGACCUUCCGCAUUGCUGAAGCUAGCGAAGACUAUAUGGUUGAUAGGGCACGUGGCUUUGAAUAUCCGCCCAUGAAAAAGACUCUCGGCGACUUUCACCUGAGCAUCGAGUCAGGGUCCUUCACUGACUCUGAAAUCAUUGUCAUGAUGGGUGAGAAUGGAACUGGCAAGACCACUUUCUGCAAAUUGCUCGCUGGACAAGAGAAACCGGAUGGCACCUCCAAGGUCCCAGCAAUGAACAUCUCCAUGAAGCCGCAAAAGAUCACACCCAAGUUCCAAGGCACCGUCCGUCAGCUAUUCUUCAAGAGAAUCAAGGCCGCCUUCUUGAGUCCUCAAUUCCAGACCGAUGUAUACAAGCCCCUCAAGAUCGACGACUUCAUUGACCAAGAGGUUCAGAACUUGUCUGGUGGUGAAUUGCAGCGUGUUGCUAUUGUGCUGGCACUUGGCCUGCCCGCGGACAUCUACCUCAUUGAUGAACCUUCUGCUUACCUCGACUCCGAGCAACGUAUCAUUGCUGCUCGCGUGAUCAAACGCUUCAUCAUGCAUAGCAAGAAGACCGCUUUCAUCGUCGAGCACGAUUUCAUCAUGGCCACAUACCUUGCUGACCGUGUCAUUGUCUUCGAUGGCCAGCCAUCAGUCAAUGCCCGGGCCAACACUCCCGAAUCCCUGCUCACAGGCUGCAACAAGUUCCUGAAGAACCUCGAUGUUACUUUCCGCCGUGACCCCAAUUCUUAUCGUCCACGAAUCAAUAAGUACCAGUCUCAAAUGGACCAGGAGCAGAAGCUUGCCGGCAACUUCUUCUUCCUGGAGGAAGAGAGUUAA